CUGAAUCUAUAGACUAUAGGACCAGAGACUCUAGAGAGAGAGAAAGAGAGAGAGAACUGUGAAACUACAACAUUGUGAAAUGAAACAAGAGCAAAAAAAGGUAACAACGUUGGCAAGUUGGUAACGUGGAUUCAGGUCUUUUGGGAGAAACAAUCAAAGACAACGACAUCACCUAAAGGAAGCAAGAGAAAACUCAAAAAGUUGAUUUUGGUUUUGGUUUUUGUUUCACAGCUUCAAACACAAGUGAAGAAAAGAAAACAUCAUAAAAAACUCUUCUUUCUUUCAUCACAUGAAACACAAAACUAUGUUUUUCUUCUUCUUCUUCUUCUUCUGUAACUGAAGAAACUUGAAGCAUCCUCAUAACCUUAUUAGUCGUUACAGUUAAUCUCUAAUUCUGUCAUUUACUUGCAUUUAACUCUCAUCAUUUCUGGUUAAUGUUCUCUCUCUCUCUCUCUCUCUCUCUCUCUCUCUCACAUGAGUAAUCUAUUUGUGUCUGCUUCAAAGGAGGUUCUUCUUCUUGUUGUUCUUCUUCUUCUCUAGUUGUGUUGUUGUUGGUGUUUCUGUGGCCGUUUGUUGGUGAAUGGCACAUCUUGAGUGUAAUCUAAGGGGCCCAGGAAUUUCUCAACAAGAAAAAGGUGUUAAAAAUGAUUUGUAUGAAGAGUUAUGGAAGUUGUGUGCAGGACCUUUGGUGGAUGUUCCAAACACUGGUGACAGAGUUUUCUACUUUCCUCAAGGUCACAUGGAACAACUUCAAGCAUCUACUGAUCAGGAACUGAACCAGGAAAUUCCUCAUUUCAAUCUACCGUCGAAGAUUUUAUGCCGUGUUGUCAACAUUCAGUUGUUGGCGGAACAAGAAACUGAUGAGGUUUAUGCUUGUGUUGCUUUGCUUCCAGAAUCUGAUCAAACUGAACCUGCAGAUCCUGAUCCGAAUCCUCCCGAGUCUCCGAAACAAAAGUUUCACUCAUUUUGUAAAAUAUUAACUGCUUCUGAUACUAGCACACAUGGAGGAUUUUCGGUUCUGAGGAAGCAUGCUACCGAGUGCUUGCCGCCAUUGGUAGACAUGACACAAGCAACUCCUACUCAGGAGUUAGCUGCGAAGGAUCUUCAUGGAUUUGAGUGGAAGUUUAAGCACAUAUAUAGAGGCCAACCAAGACGACACUUGCUUACAACCGGUUGGAGUACUUUCGUCGCAUCCAAAAGAUUGGUGGCCGGAGACGCCUUUGUUUUCUUAAGGGGAGAACACGGGCAACUGAGAGUUGGCGUUCGGCGUAUGGCUAAGCAACUCAAUCCCAUGCCUUCAUCUGUAAUAUCAAGCCAAAGCAUGCAUCUCGGAGUUCUUGCCACUGCGUCUCACGCUGUUAUGACUCGAACCUUGUUCGUCGUUUAUUACAAACCAAGGACUAGUCAAUUUAUCGUUGGCUUGAACAAGUAUUUGGAGGCCGUCAACAAUAGUAAGUUUUCGGUUGGUAUGAGAUUCAAGAUGAGAUUCGAAGGAGAAGACGCACCCGAAAGAAGAUUUUCUGGCACUAUUGUUGGUGUUGGAGAUUUGUCUGCAGGAUGGUCAAAUUCUCAUUGGAGAUCAUUGAAGGUUCAAUGGGAUGAACCCGCAACAAUUCCAAGACCAGAGAGAGUUUCUUCAUGGGAGAUAGAACCUUUCAUAGCUUCUCCUCCUUUGAGUGUUGCACAAACAUCAGCUAAGAGCAAAAGAUCUCGACCUGCCGACGUUUCAUCUUGCGGUUUUUGGUAUCCGAAAUCGUCCCAAGUUCACGAGCUUCCUCAAUUAUCCGGUUCCGCCGAAGUCCAAACCAAGGAGAAUCAGAUUAUAACCUCUAGAGUCACGACGGAAACAAUUUGGCCUAAUUCACCGCAUUUGAAUCUCACUUCAAACCCUUAUGCUAUCAUAAACAUUGCAUCUAAACCUAACAACGGCCUCAACGGCCCUACGUGCGAUCACCAUCGAGUCGAAGACGCGAAAAAGAACACGAACCCCCUAGAUUGUUGGUUAUUCGGAGUUAACUUAAACAACAACAACAAACCAAACAACCUUGUUAAUUCUUGUUUAGAGAAAGAACAUGGAUUUCCAAAAUUAACCAUUGUUACUACAAGUGGUCCCAAGGAAUCUAUUAUCCUUACAAAUGCAUGUGAAACUGAAAAGGCUCAGAGUCCCAACUAUUCACUGUCCUCCAAAGGGCAUCAGAAGAAAAUUAUUUCUGAUACAUCAACAAAUGAAUGGCAGAACAAGCUGGCCAAUGUACCUUCCAUGAGAACAAGGACUAAGGUGCAAAUGCAAGGCGUAGCGGUUGGUCGCGCGCUCGAUUUGAGCAUGUUAAGUGGUUAUGACGAACUCAUUGAUGAAGUUGAGAAACUGUUUGAUAUAAAAGGAGAGUUACGUUCACAAAACAAAUGGAGAGUUACUUUCACUGAUAAUGAAAAUGACAUGAUGCUUGUUGGUGAUGAUCCAUGGCAGGAAUUUUGCAACAUGGUGAAAAAGAUUUUCAUUUGUUCAAAAGAAGAGUUAAAGAAAAUGAAAUGCAAGUUACCUAAUUCUUCAUUAGAGAUUGAAGAGACAUUGUUGAGUUUAGAUUCACAUAAUAGGGAUGAGAAUCAACAAACUCAUGUGAUUUAGUAACUUUUUAGUAUAGUACUUUUUAUUUUUUGAUUUGAGGGUGCUUGAUUUUAUGGAAUUUUCUCAACAACUUCAAAAAUGUGAACUACAUGAAGUUGGAUUUUAGGUACUCUAUUUGUGAAUACUUUUUUUUUGUAGGCUAUAUAGUGCCAUUAGAUUGUAA